AUGAAGAGAAAUAAAAAGAGGGUUGUCACUUGUGCUAAAGAAGAUAGAAUCAGUAACUUGCCUGAACACUUGAUAGACUCAAUCUUAGAGCAGGUCCCGCUUGAAGAGGCUGUAAGGACAACCAUUUUAUCAAAAAACUGGAGGUACAGAUGGACCACAAUGAGAGAGCUUGUUUUAGAUCAGCAUUUCUCCAAAAAAUUUGCAAAAAAUGGAGCUUUUGGUCGUAAUGGGUUUAUAAGGAUCAUAAACCAAGUCUUGUUCCUACACAAGGGUCCUAUUUUGAAAUUUCAUCUCCAUAUACCAGACAUAUCUCUUGAUAGCUUCCAAGACAUUGAUCAAUGGAUGUCAUUCUUAUCAAGAAACGGUGUCAUGGAACUCAUCCUUACUAAUUUUAAUCGACGUUACAAACUUCCUUCUUAUUUGUUUUCUUGUUUGGAAUUGACAAAACCGAAACUCCAAAACUGCUUCUUCAAGCCACCACCUGAGUUUGAAGGAUUUCUUAAUCUUGAAGAUCUUUAUCUCCGGAAUGUUGAUUUUGGGGCUAACUUGUGUGGACCUCAAAUCAGCUUGCCACAGCUAAAGAAGCUGUCCAUGUAUUCAUGCACAAAUGUAUCAAAUUUCAACAUCAAGGCUACAAGAAUCUGA